AUGGCGGCCGUACGCAGCCUACGGGUGUCGGUGAAGUCGGACAGUGGCUCGGAGCACUCGGACUCGGACUCGGACUCCGAGUCGGACCGAGAUGUUCGCGAUGCGGAGCCGAUGGAGGUGGAGGAGGGGGAGCUGGAGGACGUGUCCGUGAACCGCUCCCUGAAGGAGCUGCUGCCGGACACAAGUCGCAGGUAUGAGAACAAAGCUGGAGCCUUCAUCACCGGGAUCGACGUCAACUCCAAGGAGGCGAUUGAGAGAAAAGAGAAGCGAGCGAGACGUUUUCAUUUCCAAGCAGAGGAGGGCGAUGGACAGAGGACCCUUCUUCUCGACAAAGACAUCCUGAAGAAAGCCAUCCCCGAUCUACGCAUGGAGGCGAUCUAUGUGACCGGCGUGGACGAAAUGAGCACGCAGGACGUCUUUGGAUAUUUUAAGGAAUAUCCUCCGGCACACAUCGAGUGGAUCGACGAUGCUUCCUGUAACGUGGUUUGGCUGGACGACAACACGCCCAUCAGAGCGCUCGUCAACGGCAGCCGGGCGCCAGACGCCGAGGCCGUGACCACGGAGACACACGGCACCAAAGAGCCGGCCGAGCAGAGCGAAGUUUGCCAGGGUCAGGGGUCAGAUGAAGAGGAGGAGGAGGAGGGUGAGGUGGAAGAAGACGAGACACCGAAGAAGAGUGGCGAGGAGAUCGAGGGGAAGGACAGCGACGGAGAGGUGGAGCAGAAGACAAAGGAGGAGGGCAGUCAGAUAAAGGACCUAUCAGGAGUGGAGAGAGAGUCUCUGCUGAGGAACGACCUGCGGCCGGCCAUCAAACCGUUUAAAGGAAACAAAAUCCUCCUGCGCUUCGCCACGCAAGAAGACAAGAAGGAGCUGGGCGCCGCUCGCCGCAGCAGGUACUACAUGAAGUACGGAAACCCCAACUAUGGAGGCAUGAGGGGAAUCCUGAGCAACUCCUGGAAGCGGAGGUUUCACAACCGGCGAAUCCAGCGAGACGUCAUCAAGACCAAGAAGCCUCUGAUCGGAGACAGCAUGGGUCACACGCCGCCGUACACGCACCGGCACUCAGCUGACCUGGUCAACCUGCCAGAGGAGCCAAUCAAAGAAGAAGAAGAAGAGGAGGAGGACGAUGACUACGGCGGUGACGAGGACAUGGACUCUGACGACCGGGUGGUGGAGUACAAGGAGCGAGGAGACAAGAGCGCCGCCUCGCGCUCGCCGGGGGCGGGGCUUCGCAGCCGGGCGGAGCGCUCUCCGUCUCCCUGGUCGGAGUCGGACGAGAUGGAUUACGACCUGGAGCUGAAGAUGAUCUCCACGCCGUCGCCAAAGAAGAGCAAGAAGAUGACGAUGUAUGCCGACGAGCUGGACACUCACCUGAAGAGCAUCCGGAACCGUCUCGGGGAGACAGGAUCUCAGAGCAGGACCGAAUCCCCGUCGCCCCCAAAACUGACGGACGUGCGCCAGCUGCUGGAGGAGAAGAGACAGGGACAGAGACAGAGGCCGCCCCCCCCGCUGGCCAGCGCAGGAAAAACUGAUGUUCGACAGAGACUGGGCAAGAGACCACGCUCCCCCUCCCCCGUCUCCCCCAGGGAAACCCCACCGACCAGAGAACCAAUCAGAGACAUUCACCGCAGACUGGGCGUGGCCAGUCAAGAAACCAGAAGCCUGUUCUCUGACUCGUCCAAGGACAGGAAGACAAGUGGCCUGUGGAGCAGACUCGGCUCCGCGGAGGAUGACAGCGGCUCCGGACGUCACGACCGCAAACCAAGCAGCCGGUCACCGGGCCUGUUCUCCUCGUCCUCUGGGCGGAGCGGCGAUGGUGGUCAGGUGAGCCGAGGAGACGGAGGGAAGGAGGACAAGGAGGAGGUGGAGGAAGACGACACAACGCUGCAGAACGUGUGGGGCGCCAUGAUCAAACAGAAACAGGAGCGGCUGACCCACACGAUGAAGAAGAGCCGACUGGACAACCUGCCGUCUCUGCAGAUCGAGAUUAGCCGUGACAGCAGCGACGACUCCGACGCCUGAACCGGGGGGUGGGGGUGGGGGGGGGGGCCUUCUUAACUCUGUCUUUUGCGAUCUUCUAAAGACAUGACGCUGUGGUGGGUUUUUACUUUGAGGAGACGCUCGUACCGAUGAUGACUUAUUUAGAUUUGAAAUGAAAGUCCCAUUACGCUGCGGUCAUGUGACCGGGAGCAGACGCAUCACUGGGCGACACCGAGCUCAGAUCAGUUUCAAAUUGUUCAGAUGAACCAACGAGACCCUCUGGUUUUUGUUUUGAAAUGUACAUCAUGUGCAGGUGAAUAUUAGAAUCUGAUCAUCUAGUGAUAAUCAAUAACCAGUCGGUUCAGAAACACUCGUCUGGAACAUUAUUUGAUGCCUGAGUUUGAAGCUGAAAAAUAUGAAUUUCUUACAAAAUGGUUUCCAGUGUUGAGUGUUGCAGCCCAGAUGAUGCAGAGGCUCUGGUUGAUGUUUAAUCACGUGUGUUGAUAUUUAACUGGAAAACCCUGCAUCCCUUGUCAGAAUGUAACAAAGCAUCAUGGGAACGUCUGUUUGUCAGUAAGUCAUUGAUGCAUUACCGUGGAGAUACCACCCCCCCCCCCCCACUCACACACACACACGGGACCAUUCUUCGUGACACUCAGACUUAACAGGACAAAACUUCAUUCCCCUGUUUAUGUGUGUGUCUGUGUGUGAGUUUAUGGACAUGUUUGUCAAGUUGGCUGAUUAUUCAUUUUACACAGAAACACACGUGUGUCUUUUAUCUGUAAUACACAAUCUUACCACAUCCAGUUCCGUGUGAAGGAUUUAGUGAGGUGUUGUACAUGUGAAGACAAGUGGCCGUACACAAAUAUUCUAUUUCCAGACAUUUUCCUGCUGAAUUCUCACAUUUUACAGACAUUCUACUCUGAGGGGGGGUUCAGAGACACUGACUUAGACAUUUGUCCUCACAUACAGAACACGUCAGGAACAUGUGCAGACUGCAGUUCAGGUCUGAAAAUAUCUAUAAAAUCAUGAACAGUC